AUGUCGGGAUUCUGGAAGCCUGAAUCGUCAAAGCUUCUGGAUAAGGAAUCUUCAAGGGACAGAGAAGUUGGAUCCAUUCCUUUCAACUUUAGCAAUGCGCCAUUGGCUCAGCAGAGACUCCUUCUUCCCAUUUACAAACACAAAAGACAAAUCCUUUAUGCACUAGAACAUCAUCGGGUUACUGUCAUCGUAGGGGAGACAUCGACUGGAAAAUCCACUCAAGUCCCACAGUAUCUUUUCGAUAAUGGAUGGUGUGAAAAUGAUUUCCAGGUAGCUUGUACCCAGCCUCGGCGAAUUGCUGCACAAACACUGGCACAACGAGUUUCGCAUGAGAUUGGCAAAGGCCCAGUCGGUACGACUGUAGGAUAUUCUGUUCGAUUUGAUGACAAAACGUCCGAAAAUACAAAGAUUAAGUUCCUCACUGAUGGCAUGCUGUUGCGGGAAGCAACUCUUUACGACCCCAUGCUGUCGAGAUACUCUGUAAUAAUGGUGGACGAAGCUCAUGAGAGGAACAUAAAUUCUGAUACAGUCUUGGGUCUACUCAAGAAGAUUCUGCGAAAACGCAAGGAUAUACGGAUCAUCAUCUGUAGUGCAACAAUCAAUGCGGAAAAGUUCCUCGAUUAUUUUGUGGGCAAGACCGUCGCAACCAAGAAACGGAAGCGACGAUGGGACAAUCCGACUGCUUCCAAUGAAGUCGUUGACGUUGAGAAGACAACAGGAACAAUCAUUUCGGUGGAUGGGAGACAGUUUUCCGUAGACGUGAUGUACUUGCAGACGCCAUCUAAUAAUUACAUCCGGAGUUGCAUCGAGACAGCAUUGAGGAUAAGCGAGGGUGCCAAAACGGGAGAUGUCUUAUGCUUCCUUCCAUCGGCUGAAGAUAUUGAUCAAGCUAUCAAACUGGGAGAAGAUUACAUGGACAACCACGAUCCCUCCAUGCACAAACGAGUCACUCUGAUGCCUUUGUAUGCGAGUCUUCCAUACAAGUUGCAGGCGCAAAUCUUCCAGGCACCAAGUUCCACCAAUACGAAACGAAUCAUUCUCGCUACAAACAUAGCAGAAACAUCUGUAACUGUGCCCCGAAUCACACAUGUGGUUGACAGUGGCCUUGUCAAGUUGCCAUAUUUUGAUCCAAGGACAAACUUUGAUCGGCUAGUCGUAGUACCCAUAAGCAAAGCAAGUGCUCAACAACGAGCUGGAAGAGGUGGGCGUCUGCAAGCUGGAUUUUGCUAUCGCCUGUACACCGAAGAUUUCUAUGCCAAUAAGAUGGAAAAGACAACCCAACCAGAAAUGCUCCGAACAAAUUUGACUAGCUUUGUGCUUUCCCUGAAAGCAUUGGGGGUAGAAAACGUUCUCACCUUUGAUCUUAUGGAUCUCCCGAGUAUCGAGACGCUAGCGCAUGCAUUGGAGACUCUGUUCGCAUUAGGAGCCAUCGAUGAGGAUACCCAGUUGACCAAAUUAGGUUUGGAUAUGUCAUCUUUCCCGACCGAGCCCAGAGUGUCGCGAAUGUUGUUGGAAUCCCUGAACGAGGGCUGUGCUAGAGAGGUUGCAGGUGUCGCAAGUACCCUCCAGGUACAGUCUAUCUUCGUGACACCGCGUGGUGGCUCUGCUCGACGCCAACAGCAACAACUGGACUUUGAAGCUGCAAUCUCAGAGGUCGUUGACUCGAGUGGGGAUCACGUGACUUUGGCCAAUGUGCUAUCGGAACAUGACGACUACGGCUUUGACCGCGAAGAUUGCACGGAACGCUAUCUGAAUUUCAUGGCGUUGAAACGAUCCGUGGAAAUCCGUAACCAAUUGAUGCGCUUUCUGAGAAAGUUUGGACGUGUGAGGUCGUUGGGAAUGGCCGAAGUCCAGGCGAGAAGCAUUGCAAUACGAAAAUGUGUGACUGCCGGAUUUUUCUUCAACGUUGCCAAGAUGAACAAUGAUGGAAGAUACUACACAAUUCGCCGGGAUCGAAAGAUCUUGGUGACUCCAGGUCAUUCCAGUAUUUUUCGAUCGCAUGGGGGAUAUUCGGAGUACAUUGUCUUUUGCGAAACUCAUGACGGAGCAAGAGGAGGCAUCGAGUUGAAUUCUGUCUCAUCUAUUGAUCCUAGGUGGUUGAGGGAACUCGCUCCUCAUUACUGGGAAUAA